UUUUUUUCUAUCAUCCACACACCCAACACUGACGAUGUCCAAACCCGUGGUCAUCAUCCCCAUGGCCAUCCAUGCCGCAUGUCUGGCAUGGAUGGCCAAGCUCGUCCAGCAUAAUGUGCCACAGCCUUAUAUGGACGAAAUUUUCCAUAUUCCGCAAGCACAACGAUACUGUUUGGGUGAUUAUGCAACCUGGGAUCCAAAAUUGACAACACCUCCAGGCCUUUAUAUCAUCAGUCAUGGUUUAUUUCUCUUGGGCCGCGUAGUUGGCCUGAACUUGUGCGAUGUGAACAGUCUUCGCAUGGUGAAUCUUGUCUUUGCUGUGGGACUUUAUCCGGUCAUUUAUGGCCUUUUAACUCAGCUUCAUCAAACGACAAGCACUCUUUCAAGAGCGCUUUAUGCAUUAGCCCUGUGUUGGUUCCCGGUUGGCUACUUUUUCAACUUUGUCUACUAUACAGAUACUGCAUCCACGUUCUUCGUACUACUAUCUUAUCUAUUUGUCCUACAACACUGUUAUGCCCUCGCUGCUCUGAUGGGAACCAUAGCCAUGACCUUUAGGCAAACCAACGUUAUCUGGCUAGCUUUUUUCAUGGUGUUAUCCAUCAUUGACAUAGUGUCUGCGCAACCCAAGAAAAAAGACAGUGGGUCGACAUUAUACAAUCCAUUGUGGUCUGAUAAUACCUCGAUUGUCGAUAUUGUGAGGGCUCUGUGGAGUUUGAUGGUUGAAACCUGGCGAUCAUUUCCCGCGAUCGCCCCUCGAAUAUUCCUGUUCAUGAUGGCUCUGGUCAGCUUUGCGGUGUUUCUCGUUUGGAACAAUGGCAUUGUUCUCGGCGAUCGAUCCAAUCAUAUUGCGGGACUGCAUUUUCCCCAAUUGUUCUACUUUUCUUCAUUUCUGUCUUUUUUCCUUCUUCCGUGGACGUUGAAGGUCACCUCCAUAUCAACAUGUCUGAGGUGCUUUGCCCAUGACAGAUUGAGGAGUUUACUGACGGCAAGCAUCAUGGUGUACUUUGUUUAUUAUUUCACUUACGAGCACCCAUUCUUGCUCAGUGAUAAUCGUCAUUACUCAUUCUACGUAUGGAAAAACAUCUAUCGGCGGCAUUGGAGCAUUCGUUAUCUCCUUGUUCCUGUUUACAUGGUCAGUGGAUGGCUGAACAUGGUACAUCUCAGGCGCCACGCCACUAUCUUGUUUAUGGUUGGGUAUGGGUGUGUCAUCAUACUCACUUUAAUUCCAUCGCCAUUACUGGAGUUCCGGUACUUUAUUCUUCCUUUUAUGUUUUAUACCCUUCAUUUAGCUCCUGCUUACCGGGGAAGACGAUUUAUCCUUGGUCUCAGCAUGUACCUGAUACUCAAUGGAUUGACGAUGUAUAUGUUUUUGUAUCGUCCAUUCCGUUGGGACAGUGUACCCCAGGAAUGGCAACGGUUCAUGUGGUAAAAGUAGAAAAUUUAGAAUAAAAUUUUUUUUGAGCUUAU